AUGAUGGUAGAUGCACCAAAUCGGUCAAACAACAGUACCCCGAAUCUGGCCAGUGAUUCCUCACCGCCAGAACAGCUGCAGAGAAGAAACACUUCAGUCACAACCAUGGCACGGCAAUACGAAUUCUUCGUGACGACAACAAAACCACAUCUGCCAAACGGAGCCGAACGGGGUAUGAUUCGUCGAUUAGUUAUGCGCAACUUCUUCGAUACGAAGACAACUGCGCCGCAGGUGGAUAUUCCAGAGCAAAGCUCAGCAACCACCGUCAUGGCAAGAAAUCAACUAAGCAAUCGGUUCCGAAUCCAACGAUCAAAAAGCGAAGAUACUACCAAAGGCAGAAAACUUAUGUUGAAGAAUGGGAAAGGUAAAAGCAAGGGGAAAAGACGUUCGUCGCCCAUAGGUACAACAGAGAACUAUGUCAUGGAUCAAAUGACAGGAAUAGGAUGCUAUACAGCAAAAAAUGCAAAAGAAAAAUUGAGAGAAGGAACAAUCGAACCGGCGUUGAAAAUUCCCACGUUACGGAUAGAUCCAAGCGCUCAUCGUAUCGAUCCUUUUGACAUCUUGCCGAUACCAGGGACGCCGCAGUUCGAUAUGUUAUUUCAGCUAUACAAAAGCGCACCUAAAACCAAUUCUAUUGCUAUUGACGCAAAGAACACAUGGCCAACCUGGACCAUCCAUGACGCUGGCCUUUUGCAUGCUACUCUGGCAACGUGGGCAAUAUACGGAGUGCUUGCAAAGGGUCUUAGUGAGCUACAUUGCUGUCAUCUCAAGCACAAAAGUGGCGCCAUCAGCGCCAUCAGUUCCAAGCUCAUGGAGCCUGAUGGAGUCGUCUCAGACGAGGUUAUUGGCACUGUCUUGAUACUUGCAAGUUUUGAGAAUCUUUUCGGAGCAUAUGAUACCGCUCAGAUGCAUUUAAUGGCUCUAAAUCAAAUGCUGACUGCGAGAGGUGGGUUAUACGCGAUUGAACACAACGAUGGUUUGCUACGGGGCAUCUUAUGGGCAGAUUUCCAUACAGCUGCGGCUUUCCGGACACCGCCCUCAUUCCCGCUUGUGUGCCUUGAUUCAGAUGCACCCCUCUUACCUGAUGAACUCAUGGAAGAAGCAGCAUAUAAAUCACCCACAUCGCUGCUUCAAUUGUCCCUUGCUGCGACAGAGUGUUUCAAUAUCUUUUACCGCUUACAUCGAAUCUCCCUAGCAAUGUCCUCACAUUGGUCUGGAAAGGUCUCCCGGCUUACACUAAGCAACCUUCUCUACCACAUGCAAAACAUUAUUCUCUCUGUCCCUGAUCGAUCGCGCGACUUCAUCGAGUUUGAUAGAGAGGUUCAAGCCUGCAGGAACGAGGGCGAAGAGGACCAAAGAAAGAAGGCAGAUGCAGCAAGUGUGGUCGAGGGUCUUCUCGCUGCAACGCUCAUCUUCGUAUAUACUGCCUUACGGGGACUGCCGGCCAAUGCAAAGAUCUUCGCCAUUCUCCUGGGUCGGCUGCGCGUCGCCAUUGAUCGACCCGCUACUUCAGCAGUAGAGGUAUGGGGACGCGAAAAGAACCUGAAGAUGCUAGUCUGGGUGUUGGUCGUGGCGUGUUCGGUUGUAACAUCUAAUGAAGAUCGCGCUUGGUGGAUUUCGAAGCUUUCUGACAUGUGUGGUAUAUUGGGGAUUGAACGCCAGGCUGAGCUGGAAGAUGCCAUGCAACAUAUAGCCUGGAUUGAUGUUUUCUUCAAUCGUAAACUAGACAAGAUAUGGGAAGAUCUGACGGUGUAG